GGGGCAAAUUUCUUGAUGGAGCGAGUUGACUAUCACCAACUAGUAAUAACGACUAAGGUCAUUGGUCAAUAUAAGACAAAUGCACCAAUAUUAGCCAAUCACACAAGGCUUUAGAUGAUAACGAAGUUACCUCGCAACGUUACAACAUUUUUGCGUUCGCCUCGAUCGUACAUGUCAUGUCGUAGAUGUCGUCUGCAUUCAGUUUUGUGCUGCUUUUUAACUCAAGAUUUGUUUUUCUAGUUCUUGACAAAAAAUGUGACGAAUUCUAGGCAAAAUUGUUGCUAAUGUUCUUGUGUCUGAUGAAUAGCGCGUCAUAAAAAUUUAGAAAGUUGAACUUGAAAAGUAGAAAAGUCUGAAAAAUCUGAGCAAACACUGAACAGGUGAAUUUCGUGCAGCUGCCAUGGAAGAAGACGAUUUGGAAUUCACGGCGAAAAAGAGGGAUGCUAAGAAGGGACGGAGAGCGAGACAAGAGAGGCAGGAAGCGGCAGCAGUCAGCACCCAGCCCAAUGGAGACAUCGGUGGGGAUGAAUCGGCCGAGGGUUUAGUGCCUCUAUCAGAAAGAAAUGGAAGUCCUCGCGGUCCACCAAGCAGACCCAAAAGGCGACAAGGUGGCUGGGCUGAUGAUGCCCCAAAAGCCAGUAAUAAACCGUCGGAGAGAGCUGAUGAACUGCAGUCCUUCGCUGAUGAACGAGCACGACCCGAGAGCCCCCAAAGAAGAGAUGAUUCAGAUGAUGACAUUCCUGUCAUACCGGACUUGGAUGAUGUGCAAGAGGAAGACAUGGCCACCCAGAUUGCUGCACCUCCUAGUGUUCAAGUCAACCGAGUCGCUACUUACAGGGAGUUGGACAAUGACCUACUCAAACACUCACAGCUACUCACACUGGAUAAUGACAUCGACUUGAAGCUGCUGACCAAAGUCUUGUCAGCAGAGCAAGAUGUGAUGGAGGAGGACAAACCCUGGGACUGGGAUCUCGUCUUCACCGAGGUGGCCUCGGAACUCCAGACGGAGUGGGACAAAGAGAACGCAGAGUUGGAGGAGAAGGGAUAAUGGUUAUAUGGAGCUUUGUGACUGCUUUUGAGAGCUCUAUUGGGAGGGGCACACCGCGUGCGCCUACUGGUUUUAGCGUGCACUGCUAGAAGCACGCACAACUUAUUUUAAUUUGAAUGUGUACAAACCUGUAGAGUCUUCUUGUACCACAGCAAUGCACUUGACAGUAAUGCAUUGGAAUGUCCCUGCCAGUGGUCUCCCCCAACUCUCCCUUUGUCAACCGUUGAGGGGGUACUUGUGCCCUGAGUCAAUAGUGGCCUGAAAGUGAAUUUAUAGUGAUAUAGUAGUUGCCUCAAGAGUGACCUCAUCUUUGCUUCUGAUUGGCUUCAUAGAGCUUGUUUGUUUCACGCAGAUAUGGAUUGCUAUCAGCGAUCUGACACGUCGAUAGCUGCUCCGGUUUUACAUAUUAACGGAUCCUGCAUGCUCACGUGGUGGAUUAGCAAGAUCAAAGAUUGCGACAUGGGUGACGAAUAGAAAGAGAAAGUUUUUAGUAGAUUUGAAGCAUUAAUUGCUUUUUUGACAAUUUAUCUUCAUAAUUCUUUUAGAAUGUAUUUUCGUGGUUAAAAAUAGUACGACCGAUUUACUUUUUAUGGAAAUUAUAGAUAGCUUGUCAAAAAAUUUGCCCUCCUGCAUACAAAAUCUGAAGCAGAGAACAUUUGUGUACCUAACAGAUUCAAUGCACGAGAGUAGUUCUGUUUGUUUUCGCACGACGCUGAAUCACAUGAUCUCGAUCAGGAUCUGGAAUGAAACAAACAGGCCCAUAAUAACCUUGUGAUGGACUCGUAAUUACCUCAUUGUGGCCUCAUAAUGACCUCAUAGAGACUUAGUGUUCUCGGAGUAGAAUGGUACGUGUAGUUAAACGCAGUGUCAGAAUCACUUGGCUACAGCUGAAUAUAACACGCGCACCUAUGGAAGCCACUGGCUAGUGGCUGCAGCCACUUCCCAUAGACUCGUGUGUUAUUGCCGGUCUUGGCUAAGUGAUCUGAGCACGGCCGUAUUGGCGUCAUGGCUAUAGUGGCCUUUUGUUGGACUCUGUGCAUGAGCAGUAGAAGGCACUUUGUGACAACUUUCGAGAGCUUCAGUAGACAGCCGUAUUGGCCUCAUGCCCUUUUUUAACUCUGUGCAUGAACAGUAAAUGGCACUUAGUGACAACGUUCGAGAGCUCCAGUGGACAGCCGUAUUGGCCUCAUGGCCAUAGUGGCCUUUUUAAAACUCUGUCUUUGAACAGAAGAUGUCACUUUGUGACAAUUUUCGAGAGCUUCAGUGGACGUGACACACUGCAUGCACACACAUCUACUUAACAUAACUCUUGAGGACAAGGCAUUGUGUUUCCCUUUGUCCCUGUAAUAUAACACACGCCCAUAGACUAAGCACAUAAGCAGACGAUUGAGGACAAAAGAUGAACAAUCGAGGACAACAAAGAAUCUGUUAUUCUCCCUUUGUCUGUCGGUCCUGGGGGUGUAUGUAGGACAUGUACAUACCAGUUCUAGUAUAAAAAGUAUAACACAAGAUUCACACGACUAAUAUUCAGAAUCUGAACAAAUGCGUAACGUCUUCGCGAUGGCAGCAGCCUAAUGGAUGUUGUGGUCAGUGGACUUUUCUCAAAUUGUACAAAUAAUUAAAUGCUUUGUAAAUAUUUAAGCAAUUUUG